AUGUGCAACCUGGCGUACGCUGUAGCUUGUUGGAAGCGGAUCGAGGGCUCUCCUGACGGUGUAUUUCCAGUCCCAAUUGCCCCCGAACUACAUUAUACCCCGCGUUCGACAUGUCGGAUGAGAGCCGGAGGGAACGGUGCAAAGCGCAACGGUCAAUUCACACAUAAUUAUCACCUUUCCAGAAAAAUUGACGCCGGGUCAGCUUGGCACAUCGCAUACCAACAUAGCGGGCAGAUCGGCGUUCUCGCUGCGGAAGCCCACAGCACAGCCGGACAAACUGGCGAAUCUCGGUGGGUACACCGACAAUUAGGUCUCCCAAACCUAACCCCGCUGAGCACUUCUUCAACUCGAUCUGAGCCUGCAGGCCUUUUCCCUUUUCCCUCAGCGCUUCCACCUCACGCACCCGGUUGCCAUCAUGAGAGACAAGUGGAAAAAGAAACGUGUUCGUCGUUUGAAACGCAAAAGAAGAAAAAUGCGCGCUCGAUCUAAAUGAUCAACCCGCCAGUGCCCGAGCGCCUGCCAACAACCGCAACAGCAUAACAGGACUCCCGCUUCGUCAUUCGACUUCCACCACUCUCACCGACUGUCGGAACAUCGACUGGAACGAUCCGGUCGCUACGAAAGAUUACUUCACUACCAACAACCGUCACAUGCUCCCCCCCUGUUGUUUAAUGAAUAGUCCUUAUGAGUCCUAAAGAAUCAUGCCUACCAUUUCAACUCAUCUCUCAAACUUUUCAUGCGCUGCGCAUGCCUAGCAACGUGCCAGCUCUCACCGAGCCUUCCGCAUGACUUCAGGGGUCAUCGUUGACCGACUUGAUUGACUUGAUCCAUUGGGCUGCCUCUUUCCAGGUUUCAUUUCUCUGCUAGUCGGUUGGGUUGGCGCUCCAAGUAUCGUUCUUGAAGUCACAUGAACGUGGCUGGGUUGC